AUGACCUGUGUGCUUCUCUUCAGGCUUCUCCUACUUAUGACUCUGGCAGCCCCUUUCCAAGGCAAACGCCUUGGACCCACAUCUGGCCUGCGUUAUUCCAGGUUCCUAGAUCAUUCUAAUGUCAUUUUCUUGCGCUGGGACUUUGACCUUGAGACUGAGAUCAUCACGUUUGAGCUGCAGGUCCGGACAGCUGGCUGGGUGGGCUUGGGUUUCACAAGUCGCUACACCAGAGCAGGGAGCGAUCUGGUGGUUGGAGGAGUCCUGCCUGAUGGCAAUGUCUAUUUCUCGGAUCAGCACCUGGUGGAUGAAGACACCCUGGAGGAGGAUGGGAGCCAGGAUGCUGAGCUGCAGGGGCUGACAGAAGACACUGUCUACACAACCAUGCGCUUCUCCAGGCCCUUCCGCUCCUGUGACCCCCAUGACCAAGACAUCACGAGCGAUACCAUAAGGGUGCUGGCGGCCUAUGGCCUGGAUGACACUCUGAAGCUUGAUCGGGACCGUACUUUUGUCAAGUCCAUCUUCCUGCUACAAAUAGUCCACCCUGACGACCUUGUUUUCCCUGAGGACACCAUCAUCCAUGACUUGGAACUCACUAAUUUCCUCAUUCCAGAGGAUGACACCACAUAUGCCUGCACCUUCCUCCCUCUCCCCAUCGUCAGCAAGAAGCAUCACAUCUUCAAGUUUGAGCCCAAGCUGGUCAAGCACAAUGAGACGAUGGUGCAUCACAUCCUGGUUUAUGCCUGUGGCAAUGCCAGUGUUCUCCCCACAGGCGUCAGCGACUGCUAUGGCGCUGACCCUGCCUUCUCUCUCUGCUCGCAAGUCAUCGUGGGCUGGGCUGUUGGGGGCACAAGUUACCAGUUUCCAGAUGAUGUGGGUAUCUCUAUUGGGACCCCCUUAGACCCUCAAUGGAUCCGACUAGAGAUUCAUUACAGCAAUUUUCACAACCUUCCUGGUGUGUACGACUCCUCAGGCAUCCGAAUAUACUACACAGCAAAUCUGCGCAAAUAUGACAUGGGAGUCCUCCAGCUGGGCGUCUUCACCUUCCCCAUCCACUUCAUACCCCCAGGCGCGGAGUCCUUCCUGUCCUAUGGGUUGUGUAAGACGGAGAAGUUUGAGGAGAUUAAUGGGGUCCCAGUGCCUGACAUACAGGUAUAUGGCUACCUGCUCCACACCCACCUGGCUGGCCGUGCUCUGCAGGCCGUGCAGUACAGAAAUGGAACACAACUCCGAGUAAUCUGCAAAGAUGAUGCCUAUGACUUCAAUCUGCAGGAGACUCGAGAUUUACCUAAUCGAAUGGAGAUUAAGCAGGGAGAUGAGUUGCUAGUGGAGUGUCACUAUCAGACGCUGGACCGGGACUCCUUGACUUUUGGGGGUCCCAGCACCAUUAAUGAGAUGUGCCUCAUCUUCCUCUUCUACUAUCCCCGAAACAACAUCUCCAGCUGCAUGGGAUACCCUGACAUCAUCCACGUCGCCCAUGAGCUGGGGGAGGAGGUAUCAGACUCCAUGGAGGGCAUGAUGGCCAUGAACAAUGUUGAGUGGACCCCAGAGAACAUUAAAAAGGCUGAGAAAGCCUGCAAGGAGGCCCAGCAGAUGGUGAUAAUAAAGACCAUUGAUGAGGUGGUGGAAAACACAACAGGCUGGAUUCCAGAAAUCAUCAGUACUCCUCGGGGACCCUGCUUGGAGUCCUCCGGAGGCAAAGUGGAGCCCCAGGACAAAACUCCUGCAGGCUUCAGGGCUGCACCAAUGGCCCUCUCAGGCUCCAGCACUGCUACCCUGAGGUGCCUCCCUCUGGCUGCCCUCUUGUUUGGGCAGGGGGCUCUUUCUUGGCUUCUUGCCACCCUGCAGGUUGGAGUCUGAUACUAUCUCUAUGUCAAAUACUCAGGUUCCUCUCUGCUCAGCCCUUCCCUUGUUAUCAAAUACAGAAAUUAUGCUCUGCUUGGGUUCUCCAAAUUCCCCCAUCUGUGCCCCUUCCCAUGACCCAGGCCCGGGGACAUUGUGGGCCUGGGGGUUGCACUUAUUUUGUAAAGUCUCUUCCAUGCCAAGGGAAGAGUCCAAAAAGGUCCAUAUUUGGGACCAUAUAUUUUCUGACCAAGUCUGGAUUCAAGGCUGGGUGCGGACCACUCUCUGAGAAGUCUGAUGCUGCAGCUUACCCAAGGGGAGGUGGGGGCUUGAACAAAGAGGGAGAUCCCUAUAAACUCCCCUCUACCAAUGCUGACCCUAAAGGGGGCUCCUGUUUCUCUUUUAUUUUGACAUUUUUUUUUGCCCAACCAUCCCUUUGACGCAAAGGCAGGAAGACACAUGUAUGAUUGGUGGUAAAGGGAGAGGCUCUGUUUAUAGGGGACAAAACUCAAGACAUCAGAUUAAAUA